ACCCAUUUAUGCCCUCGUGCUGUCAUUCGUAAAACCAAAAACAAUCCUCUCGUCAACAUCGGCCGGUGCGAAUGUGGAGGAAGGGGAAGAGGUAUGGCGGCGAUUCUGGCGCUGGAUUCUCGGCCCAACCGGCAAAGUUCGCCAAGACGGACUCUGACGAUAGCAGCGGUGAUAUAGUCGUCUGCGAGCUGUCGAAGGGCCGGAGGGUUACUGUGAGAAAUUGGCAGGGACGAAUUGUGGUGGAUAUCAGGGAAUUUUACUCCAAGGACGGGAAGGAGCUCCCUGGGAAGAAAGGUAUCUCUCUACCCUUGGAUCAGUGGGAAGUACUGCGGGAUCAUAUCGAGGAAAUCAAUGAGGCAGUGAUGGAGAAUGCUUAAAGUCUCAAUUGUAUUGUGGGAUUCAGUUCUGAAGGUUCAUCUCUCUCCAGAAUUUGACUAUGCUGCAUUUUACUUGCUUCCAAUGUUUUGUUAGCAUGUUGUAACUAAAGUUGUGCAUUGUAAUACAUAUAUAUGAGAGGAAUGGUAGUAGUAGUAGUAAUAGACAAAUUUGAUGAACCAUGAACUCAGAUUAAGCAAGCUAACACUCACUUUCUUGCCUUC